AUGAUUGAUUUGUUAACGCCCUUUCGUUCAUUUCUAAAAUACAAAAGUGUGUGCACUGAUAACAAUGUAUUUCGCUUGCAUUAUAAAAUUACUGUGAUUAUGUUACUUAUGUUCACCUUAAUGGUUACCUCGAAACAGUUUUUUGGAGAACCCAUACAUUGUAUGAGCAAUGCCAACGAAGAUAAUGAUAAAGAUGCUAUUAACAACUAUUGUUGGAUUUACGGCACAUACACUUUGAAGAGCAGAUUUGUGGGUAUAGAAGGCAAACACAUGGCUUAUGCUGGGGUGGGUCCAAGCAAAACAGAAAAUGAUGAACAAAUUAAGCAUACAUACUACCAGUGGGUGUGUUUUGUUCUUCUGGGACAGGCAGUCAUGUUCUACAUUCCGCAUUACCUUUGGAAGUCAUGGGAAGGCGGAAGACUUAAAGACUUAGCUGAAAACCUGAGUUGCCCAAUAGCGACAAACGUAUGGACUGAAGAGCGCCGUUGUCAGUUGUUGGCUUAUUUCAAUGACCUUAAUGCUUACACCCAUAAUAUGUAUGCACUGCAUUUUGCUUUCUGCGAAUUGUUGAAUCUUCUCAAUGUGAUUGGCCAGAUAUUUCUAUUGGAUUUGUUUUUGGGAGGAUCUUUCCGAAAUUAUGGUACUGCUGUAGCAGCAUUUACCCAUUCACCAAGACUUCCAGCCGAUAUGACAGACUUUGUUUCCGUCAACCCCAUGGAUCGGUACUUUCCGAAGCUGACUAAGUGCUGGUUCAGAUCAUAUGGACCUUCAGGAUCAAUACAACUAAAAGACCGAUUGUGUGUUUUACCAUUGAACAUCAUUAAUGAGAAAAUUUUUAUCAUUCUUUGGUUUUGGCUAGUUGUCUUAGCUUUUAUGUCGACAGUCGCAGUUUUAUUCCGUAUAUUGGUAUUCUGCCUACCUCCAUUACGUUCCAUUAUGAUCAUGGGCCGCUUGAAAUAUGUUAAAAGAAGAUCUGUGUCAAAAAUUAUUAAACACUUUAGCUUUGGCGAUUGGUUUGUAUUACACUUGCUGAGCAAAAAUGUAAAUCAAAUCGUCUACAGAGAUCUAAUACUAGAAUUAUCGAAAGAUUUGGAGCCUAAAGAAGUUACUGUUUAA